AUGCUCGCACAAAUUCACCCUCCAACAGCAAGACGGCUUGUCAGAUUGCUUGGCUUCAGAGCUAAGCAUAGCCAAGAAGACGACAGUGUGGAACAUGAAGGUUUUGUUGAGAAAGAGGACGACACACUGGAAGCGGCGUAUCGAUUGUUGGAGCGGCGAUACCGAACGCUGAAGUACGUUGUCUCAACAAUCGCCAUAUUGAGCACCAUCGUAGUUCUGCUGCUGGCUGCCUUGCACGUACAGAGAUAUCCUUUACGCCAUGAGUCCAAUCAUUUUGUCCCGAAUUUGCCAUGGUCAACAACUAUCUUCGAACGAGACGACCUCUUCGCAAAUCCCUCCUCGCCAGAAUCAGACAACGCCUGGGGCUCAAUGAUGCCAGUAAGUCAAGUUACAAGAGCAACAUUCCUCGCCAUCACUAACACUAUUCAGCCCGGCGACGGCUUCAUCCUCAUCAAAGACCGCGAAAAGUAUGACCUCCCACCCGGCAAAUCCGAUCGCCACGGCGACGUCUACGACACAUCACUCUUCCACCAACUGCAUUGCCUACGCCACAUCCGCACCUUCCUCUACACGAUGAAAGCCGCGAUCGACAAGAAUGCUACAGCUACGGUGUGGGAUGCUGUGCUUGAGCCUCAGGAGGAUCAUGUCUCGCACUGCUUCGACUAUCUGAGACAAGGUCUGAUGUGUAAUGGAGAUUUGACGCUUGAGUGGCCGAGGACUGAGCCGGAUGGGAGGAGGUUCGCCGUGGAUGGGUGGGGUGUUGAGCAUCAGUGCAGAAGCUGGGAAUCCAUUGUGAGCUUUAUGAAGGAGAACUCUGUGAUGCCAUGGUCAUGA